AUGUACCAGGGAAAAGCAGAUUGGGCACAUUACUAUGGUCUUAAAACGGAUGAAGAGCACGCAGUGCCACCAGCAAGAGCAUGGGCUAACACAUUGGGUAUUAAGAAUGCCAAAGUGUACAGAAUAUCUGGAUUUAAAAAAGUUGAUGAGUAUGAUAUAGUUGAUGGCAAAGAGGUUAGACAAAAUAAAAAAACUCAGGAAGAAAUUGAAGAAUUGCAAGAA